ACUCAGCGGACUCGUGCCCACCUUUUUACCCUCUGAAUCGCGCCAAAUAUUUAAAAUUCUCCAAACGUAAACACCAAAUUCUAUUUGAUCUCGACACCAUCUCUCUCUCUCUCUCUCUCUCUCUCUCUCUCUCUCUCUCAUUCAAAACGCUUCGCCUUCCAAUUCCAGCAAUGUCGGCAGCCAAAUCAAGCGGGAAGAAACGAGUCUCCGAGUCCGAAGCUUCCAAAACGGAGAAGCAGAAGCGAGUCGCCAUCGAGGACGACUUCGAUUUCGAUCUAGAUCUCUCCAGCGACAUCAAAGGCAUCAUGUCGGCGCUGAAACAGAUCCGAGAGAAGGCGCACAAGGACGGCCAGAAGAAGAACGAAGAGACCAUUUCGAGCGUGGCUUCAGAGAUAAAGUCUAUGCUUGACGAACUGAAGAACAAAUUUGAGAAAGAAAGGCAAAGUCUUGCUAAGGCACUAUCAAAGAGCUCAAAGGAGUAUGAAACCUUGUUGAAGACUGAGACUGACAAGUUCAAAGCAGUUUAUGAGAAAAUUUGCAAGGAGAGAGCAGCACAUCUGCAGGCCUUUAAAGACUUUAUCUCCAAACAUGAAGAAGAGAAGGAGAGGCUUUUUAUACGAUAUGAACAACUGAGGAAGAAAGAGAAGAGUCUGAUCUCUGAACAUGAGAAAGCCUGCACAAACAAAAUAGCUGAAUUGGAAGAGUCCUUGAAGAAGAAGAAGCAGGACGACAAAACUUUCAGCAUUUUGAGAAAGACUUUGGGUUCAUUCCUGGAAAAUGCAUCCGAUGAGGACUUCCCACACGACGAGUGAAGAUUGCUCUAAAAGCCCUGCGUAACAUGCAUAUAUGUGUUGUGUUUCUUUCAUCACUCACCUUAAAUUUUCAUGGAGGAAGAAAACUUGCAAUACUAAGAUCCAUAGAUGCUUCGUAUAGCUAGCAGUCUCUUCAUCUAGUACUACUAUUUUGUAAAUCUUCUUGUUUGACCAUCUGACUUGAUCAAGAAUACAGUCUUUUUUUGCUAA